UAUGAACCGUCUGUCUUGCACACAGGCGUGACGUCAUGGUAGUCCAGUUGGGUUAGGUUUUUUGUGCUAAAAAAUUAACAAAAAAAUUUUUUUUAGGAUACUUAAUUUAGCUAGUUAUUUCAUUGAUAUUAGAAUUUGUGCUGUCGAGUUAGUGAUAACUUAUAUUAAUUUGAGGUCACUUUGAUUAAAGACUUCCUUCACAAGACAUUGUACAUGACAUUCUAAGGAAAAAUGAGUCAACACGAUGGUGUAAGUUGUGAUUCUUGUAUGAAAGCUAAUUUUCGAGGACGCAGAUAUAAGUGCCUGGUCUGUUACGAUUACGAUCUGUGUGCAAGUUGUUAUGAACGAGGUGCUAGUAGUACACGCCAUCUCACAGAUCAUCCAAUGCAGUGUAUACUUACAAGAACAGAUUUUGAUUUAUAUUAUGGAGGAGAAGGUAUAAGUGUUGAGCAGCCUCAAUCAUUAACUUGUCCAUAUUGUACAAAAAUGGGAUUCACAGAAGCAACAUUACAAGAGCACGUAACUGCUGAUCAUCCUGAUACAUCUUUUGAAGUGGUUUGUCCUGUUUGUGCAUCUUUACCUGGUGGAGAUCCAAACCAUGUAACUGAAGACUUUGCUGGCCAUUUAACUUUGGAACAUCGUAGUGGGCCUAGAGAUUUAAUGUCGUUUUUGGAUGAAUCUGCAUCUACAAGACCCAAUGUGCGUCGGAUGCCUCAUCCUUCCAGAGGUGUAGGUGGACCUCGUACUCGAAGAACUAACAUGCACUUCAGUUCCUCUGGAGGGCUCAGUCCAAGUAACAGAGAAGGCAUCGAUCCCAUCGCCGAAUUAUUAUCUCAAUUGUCAGGAGUACGCAGAACUGGUAGUAGUCAAAGUUCAUCUGCCCCUUCGCAACUUCAACAGUUGCAAAUGCAAUUACAGUUGGAACGUCAACAAGUUCGCGCUGCAAGACAACAAUUAGAACGUUUACCAAGAAGACAAACUCAAGGAAUUGGUUCUGUUAAUAGCGGAGGAGGAAGUAGUGCCGGACACACUACAACAAUGGCAGCUGUUUUAGCUAAUAAUACCGUCACUUCUAAUAAUGUCUCUAGUAACAGCAAUUCAGUUUCAUUCUGCACCACAUCUUCUAAUUUGCAAAAUUUUACUUUCCUAAUACCUAGAUGUAUAACCACGACACUUUCGGAUUCACAACUACAUACCAUUGAACGUGAAAGUGCAAAUAGAAGUUUGUUCGCUCGGGAAUUAGUAGUUAGCACGCUCACUCAAGCUCUAUCGGAUGUGAUAGAGAAUCAAGUAUCACCUCAAAGAGGAACGUCGCCUAACUCAAAUGUAUUAACAAAAAGUAGUCGGGAUACGUUAAGUGCGUGUCGAGACAUUAAAUCAAGAGAAUCAUUGAAUUCGAAUCAAGAGGUUAAAACAGGACAGUCAACCACGGUUAGCAACGAACAAUUAGUGCAUUCUUCUAGCCUUCAACACGAAACUGAUAAUAGCGAAACUGAAAUGUCUUCAAAUCUUAAUGAAGUUGUGAUACAGAAUGCGUCCAUCGUUCAGGCGUUAAGGCACAGCGUAACACCUCAAGGAAUGGUUCUACAACAAUCUGUGUCUCCACCGGUAAGAAAUACGGGAACUGGAACUAUCAGAGAGCAAAUAUCUGCGCCUGCAGCAGCCUACAUAAGAGGUGGCGUGAGCUCUGUCGGCGUGACUGGAGGUUCCCGCAGGAAGCCUGUUAGAUCCAUAGAUGGCAGAAAUCAAUCGACGGACCCACCACCACCGCAUUAAUUUUAUUAUAGCUGUAAUGAAAAGAAAGAAAACAUUUAAAAAGGAAGAGAAGAAGAAAAAACCCUUUAGCGCUAGUCCUAGUAUCGUUCAAAAACACCUUACUGUUGUUAUUAUAUUAUUACUUAUUGGCUAUUUUCCCGUCAAUUCGUACUGCUAUAUCUCCGUAAUUCCGUGUUAUUAAUCCUAACAAGUUAUUUCACGCCACACGUCGUAUCGUGGGCAAACUACCAUCAAAUUAUGUAUAUACAGCUCUUAUUGUCAAUGUUGUCUGAGAAAAAACACCCCUUCAUUUGCAAUUCAAUCAACCUCUUUAAUCACAAAUAUUUUCAUAAUCCUGGUUCAUUUUUAUCAAUUCUCCUUGAGUUAUAACUUUUAAGCUUAGACGACUAUUAAUUAACUAAACGAUUGCCUGAAGAGCCAAGUAUAAUUAAUAACAUAUAAAACAGAGAUUUGUCUUGUGAAUAAACACUCUUUCACAAAUACUGAUUUUUUUUAGUAGAUAUUACAUGUAUUUAAAAAAAAAUUAUAUAAUCUAAUAAUUUCAAGACUAUUUCAAUUUUUUUUUGAUUAUUGUUUUGAGUGACAAUUUUAUUUUUCUUUCGUCUUUUGAGAUAAUUUUUAAUGACAAAAUAUGUAUUCUUCUUAAUUUGGGAACAAAAAAACACUCCUGCCUAAAACACGUCUGAUACAGAAAAAAAAGUCGGAUUAUUUUUCGAAUAUAAGCAAAUUUGUCUGGUGUGUCUUUAAAUUAUAAAAUAGAAAUGGAAAAUUGACAUUUUUAAAUAGAUUUAAAAAUGUCCAGUGUUUAGAGUAACGAAUUAUUUUUAACUUUAAAAUUACUGUUUUUUCAUUUAUAUGUAACGGUAGUGCGUUACUAUUUUGAAAAAAGUAACGGUGAUUGAUUACAUUUUAUGCGGAUAAUUUGUAACUAAAAAUCAUUAAUUUCUAAUUUGCAUGUAAUGUAAAAACGAAAAAACGUCAGAUUUAAUGGAACAUUUAAAAAAUUAAAAAAUUCAUAAUGAAUUCAUAAGAGAAUAAAGGAGAUAUUUAACCUUUGAAAA